AUGAGACAUGGCCAGGCCCUAAGAGGUGUGGCUUCUUAUCAGACUCCACAGCUCCAUUCACCAUAUGGACCAACUGUCGUGACUCCAUAUGAUUAUAUUUCAGAGCCUGGCCCAUCACCACUUCUUCAUGAUGCCCUACAGAACCGGUCUAAAAUGCAGAAUGUCUCAUCUUUAAGAUCCCCUCUGAUGCAACACCGUAACCCUUAUGCACCGGCUGGGCCUCAGCUCCAUAAUGCUCUUCAACAGAACCCAAACAUCCGCCAAGCAUCUUAUAGGACACCUGUGCAACUCAGCCGGUCCCCAUAUGGACCCCCACCACCUUCUUCACCAAUGCUAGGAAGUGCCCUGCAAAACUCACAAUUGAUGCAGGCCUCGUACCGUUUACCAGACGGAUCUUUGGUGUCACCAUAUGCAUCUUCCCCUUCCUCCCCAAUGCUUGGUAAUGCCUUGCAAAACCAACAACUCCGUGAAGCAUCGUACACCUUGCCUGAUGGAUCAGUUAUCAGGGACCCCCGCAUGCACCAGAGGCCCAAGUCACCUAACCUUUCAAAAGCUCUUCAGAACCGAGAUGUGAUGUCUGCUUCAUAUACUCUCCCUGAUGGCACCCUUCUAGACCCGAGACACCAACAACCUAUUUCCCCAAACCUGGCAAAGGCCCUUAGCAACCCAGCUCUGCGUGAAGCCUCCUAUUCUCUCCCUGAUGGUACUAUUGUGAUUGACCCCAGGAAACAGAAGUCACCGAACCUUGCAGCUGCACUUCGAAACCCUUAUCUGAAAAGUGCAUCUUACACCCUGCCCGAUGGUACUAUCAUCAUUGAUCCACGGAAACCUCUCUCUCCAAACCUCUCAAGUGCCCUUCAAAACUCUGCCCUGCGGGACGCCUCCUUCACUCUACCAGAAGGAGUUCAGGACCCGAAUAUACCCGUUUCACCAAAUUUGGCUAAGGCCCUCAAUAACGCAGCCUUGAAAGGAGCUUCGUACACCCUCCCAGAUGGAACGAUUAUAGUGGACCCUAGAAAACCAAAGAGUCCCGACCUGAGAGCUGCUCUGCAGAAUCCCUAUCUUAAGGGUCUGUCGUACACACUGCCUGAUGGAACCAUCAUCAUUGACCCACGGAAGCCAGUUGGCCCUGACCUGUCUAAAGCUCUUAUGAAUCAGAACCUUCGAAGCGCAUCAUACCGACUCCCUGAUGGUACCCUGGUUAUCCCCGGCCAGAAGCCCAACCUUUCAUCCGCUCUGAGGCAAAACCGGGCACUUCAGUCUACAGGUCUCUAUCAUCUAACAGAGGACUCUGUACUGUCAGGAGCACCAAAACCCACCCCUCCCAACCUUGCCUCUGCGCUCCGUAAUGAUGAACUCCGUGGUGGCAAUUUCAGAUUGUCGGAUCGCUCUGUUCUCACACGUCAGUUUCACAACCCCCGCCUGUCUGAAGCUAUCCAAAACCAGCAGCUUCGCUAUGCCUCAUACAGGGUGCCAACAGGCCUGCAGGGUGAGGAUAAUCGCUAUGCCGUGGUUCCUCCCUACGGGCCACGCUCAGGACACUGGGCCAGGGAUGCACGAGGAGGAGGGGAAGGCGGGGAAGAUGUUUGGGCAGCUGAGAGGGUGUUACCACAUGGUACGGUCCAGAAUCUGUCAAAGUGGUCCAUGUACAGAGAAGACGGUGUGUUAGAAGCAUUUUCACCAACACCUCGAUUUGUGGACGGACAGCCUCAUGAACAAGACUGGACUCCUGACAGAAAUAGAGUACCUGGUCAAAGCUGGUAUGACAAGAUCUACUCUAUCCUAAGCAUGCCCACAACAGGCCACAGGGUGAAACGCUGGGCAGAGGGGAUGGAAGACAUGACACAGCUGCCUGAGUUGAAUGAGACCACAGUUUUAAUGAACCUCAAGAAGCGCUACGACCAGGAGCUUGUAUAUACCUACAUAGGCAGCAUCCUUGUGUCAGUGAAUCCCUACAAGUUGCUCAACAUUUACGGCACAGACAUGGUGCUUCAGUAUGAGGGCCGCGGCCUGAGUGACAAUCCUCCUCAUCUUUUUGCCAUUGCUAAUCUCGCAUAUACCACCAUGAUGGAUGCCAAAAAGGACCAGUGUAUUAUGAUCAGCGGAGAAAGCGGGUCAGGAAAGACGGAAGCUACUAAACUAAUCCUGCGGUACUUGACAGCCAUACAUCACAAAGGCAACAUUACACAACAGAUAGAGAUCCUGGAGGCCACGCCCCUGUUGGAGUCUUUCGGUAAUGCCAAAACAGUGCGCAAUGACAACUCUUCACGCUUUGGCAAAUAUACGCAGAUCUACAUGGAGGAGGGUGUAAUCAGCGGUGCCAUAACGUCUCAGUACCUGUUGGAGAAGUCCCGCAUUGUCUUUCAGGCCAAAUCGGAGAGGAACUAUCACAUCUUCUAUGAGAUGUUGGCAGGUCUUCCUCCUCAUGAGAAGAGCUCACUGUAUCUGCAGGAAGCUGAGACUUACUACUAUCUAAAUCAGGGAGGGGAUUGUACCAUAGAGGGGAAAGAUGAUGGGGAGGACUUCAGACGUCUGCUGAGUGCCAUGGACAUCCUGUGUUUCACCCCAGAGGAGCUGAACGGCAUCUACAGACUGCUGUCCUCUGUCCUUCAUCUGGGGAACGUCUACUUCCAGCCACACCAGGCUGAGGGUCAGGAGGUGGCGUCGAUGGUGAGUGCGCAGGAGAUCAGGGUGGUGGCUGAGCUGCUGCAGGUCUCACCUGAAGGCCUGCAGAAGUGUGUCACCUUCAAACUGACAGAUACAGUACGGGAGAAGAUCUUCACUCCUCUCACAGUGGAGAGUGCUGUGGAUGCCAGAGAUGCUGUUGCCAAGAUCCUGUACUCGCUGCUGUUUAGUUGGCUGACAGAGCGCAUCAACGGACGGGUCUACCCUCGCAACGAAGCGCUCUCCAUCUCCAUAUUGGACAUAUAUGGAUUUGAGGAGCUACAGGUGAACAGUUUUGAGCAGCUGUGCAUCAACUACGCCAAUGAAACCUUGCAGUUCUUCUUUAACAAGAUCAUCUUCCAGGAGGAGCAGGAGGAGUACAUGCGGGAGCAGAUCCCGUGGCAGCAGCAGCCCUUCAGCCACAACCAGGCCUGUCUCGACCUCAUCGCUGCAAAGCCUCAUGGGAUACUGCGCAUACUGGACGACCAGUGUGGGUUCCCUCAGGCAACAGACCACACCUUCCUUCAGAAGUGCCACUAUCACCAUGGAAACGACCCGCUAUAUGCCAGGCCAAAGAUGCCACUGCCAGAGUUCACCUUGAAACACUACGCUGGGAAAGUCUCUUACCAGGUGCACAAAUUCUUGGAUAAGAACUUCGACACAGUCCGCCAGGAUGUUUUCGACCUCUUCAUUCAGAGCAAGAACAGAAUGGUAUCCAGUCUCUUCUUAAAGCACUCAGAGUUUGGGUCUCAGCAGCGGUCGCAGCGGCGCAGCAGCACGGCUCGGCGUUUUCAGGCCAACACGGUCAGCGCGAAGUUUCAGAGCAGCCUGCAGGAGCUGCUGGAGAAGAUGGAGAGGUGUAACCCUUAUUUUGUGCGAUGCAUCAAGUCAAACCAUCGUAAGGAGCCAGCCGUGUUUGACAUGGAGCUGGUCAACACUCAGCUUCAUUACUCUGGCAUCAUGGAGACCAUCCAGAUCAGGAAGGACGGUUAUCCAAUCAGACUGCACUUUCACAGCUUUCUCACAAGGUAUAAAGCGCUGCUUUGCCUGAAGGACACUCCACCUGCAGACGGAGAAAACUGUGUCAUCAUGCUCCACAAGCUCGGCCCGGUAAAAAACGGCUCAUAUCAGCUGGGAGUCAGUAAGAUUUUCCUGAAAGAGGAGCUGUAUCAGCUGUUGGAGGGGAAGCGGGACCGUGUGCUGAACAUCGCUGCGAUGACGCUGCAGAGAUACACCCGCGCAUGCUUUGUCCGAAAGAACUUUGCCAAGUUACGGCGCCGCAUGUUUCUGUUUGGAGCUCGCUGCAAAGGAUACCUGGCCAGGAAAAAGCUUGCUCUGAGGAGAAAGUACCUCAUCAGGCUCCGCUCUAUCGUGCUGCUCAUUGUCAACCGCCAGCGUUACGUGAGGACAGUGCUGGAGCCUGCAAGGAAAGCAGAGGAGGAUCGCAUCAACAGAGAAGUGGUGAAUGUCACAACGCUGCCUAUUCCUGCUGAGCUGGCACUUCUGCUACAGGCGGCCUCAGGUGGUGAAGAGCUGCAUUCUGACUGCUUGGCGGUGGUGCAGGCUCCAAAAGUUCAGGUUGACCCCCAGCUGACCCUUCCCCUGGACAUCAACAACUACCUCAUGACACACUACAUCCGGGCCAUAUUUAGGGAGCCGUUGUUUGGGAUGCUGACAGCCCCGCUGGAGAGUUCACUGAUUCGAACGGAUGAGGAGUUAAGACAAGGAGCUCUGAACGUUUUCAUUCUGAUACUGAGAUUUAUGGGUGACCCAAACUUGAAUGGAGCUCAGGAGAAUCUAUUUGGGAACUACAUCAUCCAGAGAGGACUCGCCAAUCCCAGCCUGCGAGAUGAGAUCCUGGCUCAGGUAGCCAAUCAGGUGUGGAGGAACCCUAACAUUUUGAAUUCAGAGCGUGGUUGGCUCCUCCUGUCCUCCUGCCUCUCCGCCUUCCUGCCUUCUCAACGGCUGACCAAGUACUUGCUGAAGUUUGUGUCUGAUUACGGGCCGGAGGGCUACGACUGUGUGUGUCAGCACCGUCUGCUUCAAGCUCUGCAGCGGUUAAAUGUCGGGCCGGAGUAUGUCCGCACGUAUCCACCCUGCCUUCUGGAGUGGACCGCCAAUCGCAAGAGAGCGCACACUGUUCUGCACAUACACUGCUUCGAUGGUGUGUCCUUCCUGUGUCCUCUACACUCCUGGACAACAGGGGAGGAAAUGGCUAAAGACAUCUUAAAACACAGGGGUGUGACGGAGGGCCGUCGGGGCUGGUCGGUGGUGCUGAAGGAGCCGGCGCAGUGGGUGGAGCUGGAGGGCUCAGACUACGUUCUGGACUUGAUGUCGGACCUGGAGCUUCCUGCUGACUUCCCCAAACACAGCAGCUACUUCAUCAUCUCCGCACAGGAACCGACCCGAGUGCGGACCAAUGCCAGCAUAAGCCUGUUGGGUGGUGGCUUUGACAAGAAGGAUGAUUUCAUACCUUCAGCCUUACCUGGCUAUGAUGGACAAGACUUUGAGCCUCAGAGAGGGAUGGAUCGUUAUCUGGACAGCCUGUUUGACCCUGUGCUGUCUGAGGGGACUGGAGAAGCAGAAUCAGCCGCAGGACUGUCCAGCAGGAUGAAGGGGGCUGGGGGGGUUGGAGGCGGGUGGCAGCAGCAAGGACAGUCAACCGGCCCCCCACCUCCACCUGGAGCUGUGAGAGUCCUUCCUGUGGGAGGCGUGAUGUCACCUCCUCUCGCUGCCGUGGCACCUGUAACACCUGAUGCCCAGCAGGCUGUUUUGUCCCGGCAGCAGCAGGCGAUCGUGAACCAGCAGGCCAUCAUCAUGGCCCAGCAGAUGACCAUGCAGGCCAUGGCCAUGACGAGCCCCCCUACUUCCCCAAUCACAAGCCCCCCCAUGAGCCCUAUACUCACACACCCUCCCAGCCCGUAUGCACCUGCCAGCCCCUACGGCUCCAUACCCCCAAGUCCAUAUGCUAACAUUCCACCCAGCCCCUACGCUAACUUCACCCCCACCCCUUACGGUGCAGCAGACAUCCAGCACAGGCAUCCCUACUCCCCCCCUUCUAGACAUGAACAAACUCCCUCACACCCUCCUGCGGACCCCAGGACUCGACCCGAAGCUCGGCCUCAGCCCCAGACAUACUCCUCCAAAACUGAGCCGACACAGCCCCAGGCUAACGCUUCUUCACGGGUUCAGUCAGGUAAGGACAGUGGCUCUCGGAGGAAGGCUCCAGGCAUCCCCAUAAACAAGGACAAACCAGUCAGGAAGUUUGCCCCAGUGGUGACGACUCCUCUGCCCCCUGCUGGCGAGGUGGUGAAGUUCUCAGCAGGUCGCACCACAGAGCACAUCCUCCCCAGCCAAGAUGUGCAAGCAAUCAUCAAAAGAUACAACUCCCCACCUCCAUCGGAUGACAUGCUGCUGCAAGAAAAGAGGAGAGGAGAGGGGAGGUUUAGGAAGAAGCAAACCCCUCGGGAUGAAGCUUUACAGAUCCUCAAACCUCAGAUGGAAAACCCACCGGCUCCACAGCCCAAACGUCCUGCUGCCCCCUCACCAUCUGCGUCUGCAAUUAAAGAAGCGGGAUUUAAACCCACCAAGAGCACGAAGACAAGAACACCUCAACGUCCUCUCCCCCUUCCUCCUCCAGUUUCUCGAGAGCUUCCGGUAGAGAUUGAGACCAUCCAGACACAACUUCAUCAGAGAACCAAUGAGGAGCACUACACCUACACCAACGUUCCCUGGAGGCUGUACCUCAGGAAGGAGGUUUUUUAUCCGAAAGACAGCUUCAACAAUCCUCUGGUGCUGGAUCUCAUUUUCAAACAGAUCGUGAACGACACUCUGUCAGAGGCCUGUGUUCGCAUCACGCGGGAUGAAAGGCAGAAAAUGAAGGGCCUUUUCGCUAAACACGCGGUUGAACAGAAUAUGGAUCCUGUGGAGGAGCACGUGAAGAAAACUAUCGUCACGGCUGCCAGGGAAACCUGGGAGAUUUACUUCUCCCGUCUGUUCCCUGCAUCGGGCAGUGUGGGAACAGGUGUGCAGGUGUUGUCCGUGUCCCACAGCGGUAUAAAGCUGUUGAAGACCGUAAAAAGCAGCGCUGCAGCUCCAGACUACUUCAGAGUCUUACGACCAUACACCUAUGCAGACAUCCUGUUUGUAACCAUCCCCUCUGAGAACAUGCUGGAGUUUAAUCUGACCAACGAGAAACUGAUCCUGUUCUCAGCCAAGGCUCCGCAAGUCAAACAUCUCAUAGACACCUUCAUCAAUGAGAUCAAAAAGGACUCAGAUUAUGUGAUCGCAGAGCGACACUUUGUGACAGACGAUCGCUCGAUGCUCAGUUUUCACAAAGGUGACAUCAUCAGGCUGCAGGUUAUGGACGGGCUGGAGAAGGGUUACAACUACGGCUGUGUGGUGAGGAAGAAGGUGGUGUUUUUGGAGGAGCUGAAAAGAGAAACUCAAGACUUUGGUUGGAAGUUUGGUGCUGUGUUCGGCCGCUCUGGAGCGUUCCCAGCCGAGUGUGUCCAUGCCGUCGCUCCUCCUGACUUCCUGUCGCUGCCGCUGGACCGCAAGUCCGAGCCUCGAGGAGGAGCAGGCCAGUUUAAUGUAUCAUCAGCAGUCGCAGUUGCCGUGGCAUCCACCAUGGCUGCACAUGAGAUAGAUCAAACGAUUGAGAAGGUUUCCCUUGACGGCUUUGCUGAAGGAGAUCUGGAUGAGAGGGCUCUUCAGGACAGUAAAUAUGACAUGUUGGAGUUCGCCAAGAAGUACUUCAGACAGGGAAACAACAUGAAGGGAGAUUCCAUGAAGGGCAAAAGCAAGAACAGAGACUCCAGAGAGCCGACUGAAAUGAUCAAGUUCUCCAAGACUCCUCUGACUGAGUCUCUGAUAGAGUUUACGGACAUGGCCAUGAACAGGGUGGCAGCUGAUCUCUUCCUGUCGGUGAUGCGUUUCAUGGGUGACGCUCCCUCAAGAGGAUCAACAGAACAGGAAGUGAUCACUACUUUCCUCAAGCUCAUAGGAGAGUUCACCUUGAUGCGGGAUGAGGCUUAUUGCCAACUCCUCAAACAGCUUACGGCUAACACCAGCUCCAAACCUGAUAGUUGCCAACGAGGCUGGAGGCUGCUGUACAUCCUGACCGCCUUCCAUCGCUGCUCUGAGGUCCUCAAGCCCUUCCUGCUGAAGAACCUGCAGCAGGCGUCCCGCAGCGCAGGGGUGCAGUAUCAGGGCAUCGCUAAAGCAUGUGAGCAGAACCUGAAGAAGACGUUUCAGUACGGCGGCCGUGUCGUUCCUCCCAACAGCAUGGAGCUGAAGGCGGUGAUGGCCGGACGUAGUUCAAAACGUCAGCUGUUUCUAUUUCCUGGAGGCAUUGAACGUCACGUGAAAAUCAAAACGUGUUCUGUUGCUCUGGAGGUGAUUGAGGAGCUGUGUUAUGAGAUGGGUUUACACAAACUGGAGGCCAUGGAGGAAUAUGCCAUAUUUCUAGUCACUAACAGAGGUCAGAAUGUGCGUCCCCUGAACAAACACGAGUACAUCCUGGACGUUGCGACAGAGGCGGAGUUGGUGGACACGAGCUACAGCUUCUGGUUCAGACGAGUCGUCUGGACUCAGCCGCUCAAGUUUGAGAACGAGCUCUGCGUCGCCAUGCACUAUAACCAGAUCCUGCCAGAUUACCGUAAAGGCCUGCUAAAUAUUCUUCCACCUGGGAAAGUGAGCGAUCAACAGUUUCAUCAGAUCUCCAAACUGGCAGCUCUGCAGCACAGAACCAAAGACAUCCUCUUCGUCCCCACCAUACAUGAACUAUCGGAGUACAUCGCUCCACCUCUGUUCAAAAAGCAGCCACCCCAGCAGUGGGUUACCAUGUUGACGCAGCACAUGCAGCAGGUGCAGGCCCUGAACCCACACCAGGCCAGAGCGCAGUUUAUGGGGCUGAUCAGUGCAUUCCCCAUGUUCGGCUCCUCGUUCUUCUACAUCCACAGCAGCAGCUCCACAACCUUCUACGCCCCCUGCAUUGUAGCUGUCAAUCAACAUGGCUUCCACUUCCUGCACAAAAACACACACGAGCUGAUGGCAAUGGUCCCCCUGGUGGAGGUGCAGUCGAGCCGCACCCAGAGGCCCACUGCUGGUUCCAGUUACCCGUAUGUAGAUCUCACGCUGGGGGACACUAACACACAGCGGGUCGUUCAGCUGCAGCUGGAGCAGGGCCUGGAGUUGUGUCGAGUCAUCGCCAUGCAGGUGGAAAACAUGCUGUCUGUGCGCGAGAGGAGACUCACCCUGCCUACCAGCGAGAUCACCAUGUUAUAACCCGUUUUAUACUAUUGUUAUAGUAACACUUUCUUCAUUGUACGCACAUGCAGUGGUGGAAAGUACAUUUACUCAAGAACAGUAUUUUUUGGAGGUACUUUAACAGUUCUUGAGUAUUUCAAUUGUUUGAUAACUUUAUAGGUUCAAAUUAAUCAAACAACAUAUGACCAGAUACGAAAAUAAGAUUUGCAUUAAGGAGGAAAUGAAACCAAGCAGCUUUUACAGUACAAAAUAGGCCAAGAUGCAACAUUAAAGAUCUACACAAAAAUGCAUCAAUGAUUAAAUAUAAUUUUGUUUCCGGAUUGGACCAUUCUGCAUAUUUAGUACUUUAAUUUGUUGGUACUUUGUGUAUAUUUUUUAUGCAAAAACCGUUGUACUUCGAUUUAAGUACGAAUUUUAAUGCAGGACUUUUACUUGUAACCGAGUACUUCUACAAUAUGGUAUUACUACUUUUAAUUAAAGACCUAAGUACAUCUUCCACCACUGCACAUUUGUAUGAACACAUGGACAAAACCGUUAUUAAGAGCCUACCUCUUCUUGCCUCCAGGUGUUUUAAUUUGAUAUGAAUCAUGCAUAAUUGUAGCCUGAAGCCAGUUUCCCUUUUACUUGACAACAUUAACAGAACACAUUGCAUCAGUGAAUUACUAGUUUUAAAGUGUACAGAUACUAGUAAAGAACAGUGGUGACGUUUAACAGGCCUGUGGCUUGUCAUUACAAUGUUUUUAAACUGAUAUGUAACAUGUUUUUUAUUUUUGUAUUGUUACUGUUUACUGUAAAACAUUGUUGUUUUUAACGAACACUAAUGCAUCAACUUUCUUGUUUUGUAAAGAAUAUUUUAUUAAAAUAAAACAAGCUAUUUUAAAGAGAGCAUUAUGA